AUGGCGCGCUGCGGGCACCGCGUCAAGAUCACAGCGAACGGCAACUCCGUGUACGCCAAGGUGGUGGACGAGUGUGACUCCGUGGAAGGCUGUGACGAGGACCACAACUUUGAGCCGCCAUGCGACAACAACAUCGUCGACGCGUCGCCAGCUGUGUGGGAUGCCUUGGGGCUCGAUCAGAACGUCGGCAUGGUAGACAUCACCUGGUCCGAGGAGUGA